AUGGCAGAUAUUGUCAUGAAAGAAUGGGAUGGGAAAGGUUUGGAUUGUUGGGACUAUCAGGAUGUAACUGAUGUGGGUUUUAGUGAUAUGGGUUUCUUAGAUUUGGAUUCAGUUCCAUCUGAGUGGCCUUUGUGGAGUGAGCUGGUUCUUGAAAAUGAUGAAGAACUGGACUAUUCCCCAUCAAUAUCAGAGUUGUUGUCAACAGAGGAGGAGCUAAUGCAAAUGAUUCAUAGUGAAGAACCAGUGAUGAAGCCUAAUUGCCAGAGCCUCAGUGGAAGUGAAAUAGCCAAUUGUGAUUCCAACAUUGAGUACAGUGAAACGGUCAAUGGGUCUAACUGUAUUGACAGCGAUGGCCUCAUUCCUUGCAGUACUGAUUCAAAAGAAUUCAAGGGCCUGCUCCUGGUACAUCUUUUAACUACCUGUGCUGAGGCAAUCUCAAAUGGAGCCCAUGAUCUGGUUGACAUCAUACUCUGUAGAUUGAAAGAACUGGUUUCUCCAACUGGUUCUACUAUGGAGAGGGUGGCUUACUAUCUCUUUCAAUCACUGCAGCAGAACCAUAAUAGUUCUAAUAGUGAAUUUCAUGGACUCAGGAGAUUCAACAGUUUGAAUGAAUCCAGUUAUAUACAAGCUUUCAGCCUACUGAACCAGACUUAUCCCUAUAUCAAGAUAGCUCAUUUUACUGCCACUCAAAGCUUUCUUGAAGCCAUUCCUGCUCAAGCAAAGAAAGUCCAUAUCAUAGAUUUUGACAUAAUGGAGGGCUCUCAGUGGCCCAUAUUGAUGGAAGCCUUGAAAUCUGAGAAUUACAGAAUUGGCCACCUCAAAAUCACAGCCAUCAAAUGGGAAGAGGAGGAAGAGGAGGAAGAAGAGGAGGAGGAAUAUGAUGAUGAUAUUUCAGAUCCUUCUUCAAGUUUCUGCAAACACACUGGAAGAAGGUUAUCUGAGUAUGCAAGCUCAUUGGGUAUUUCAUUUUCUUUCCAAGAAAUCAAAUUGGAAGACCUGAGAAAUCUGAAACGUUCAGGGGAUGAAGAAAAAGUGAUGGUGAAUUGCAUGUGGGAGCUACCACACAUGCUUGAGAGAAGCAAAAAGGAUUUAGUGAAAUUCAUUCAUGGUACCCACCAUUUGAAUCCAGAAGUUCUUUCUGUGGGUAGUGGACCCCAUGGAAUUCAAAACCCAAAGAAGCAGAAUUUCACAGAGUGCUUCAAUCAAUGCUUGAACAAUCUGUGUGCCAUGAUUGACUCUUCUGAAGCAGGGCUUCCAGAGCAAUUCGGGCUUGCUAGAGGUGUAAUUGAACGUUUGUUCUUGGGGCCAACGAUGUGCAGACCCAUUAAUUCAUUUUCAGAGGAUUCUAAUGGAGAUUUUCUGCAAGUCAUGGAUAUUCCUCUCCAGUGUGGUUUUGUUGAGCGUGAUAUAAGCUACAAAAACUUAAUGUGUACAAAAUAUCUGGUCACGAGUUCUAACAAUGGUAGAUUCUAUACAGUAGAACGCGUGGGUGACCAUGAAGUUCUUCUUAAAUGGAACUCUACAUCUUUAGCUUUUGUUUCUACUUGGACUGCACUCUAUUGA